AUGUCACAUUGUGAUUAUGAUACAAUAUUUUAUAGAGUAUUCUGUGCAACGGUAUUAGGUAUAGCAUUUACAUUCACAGUUAUAUUGACUAAUGUCUUCAUUGAUAUUGAUGGGUUGUUAUCAAAGAAAGACACCGUCGCGGAGUCCACAUCCAACUUUGACAGUUACAGAACAGAAGAUGUUAAGAAUGAUGUUCAAUAUGAUGAUAGGAGCGAUGACGCAGAUCCGUAUAGGGGUAAAAGAUCAAUAGAACCCGAUAACUUUUUGUUUCAAGUUAAAAACCCAAAUAUAAAGAAAAUGUUAACAAACAAACUAGCAAAUUUACUUGAAGAAUUGGACGAAGAAGAAUCUACGAAAACGAACGGUAAUGUAGAACAGAUGAAAGCGGACAGAGAAAGUAUUGAUAAUAAUCAAAGAGAUAAAAAUAGCGAACAAAAUAAUGAUAACAUGCUGCACUUGGCAAUGCACAAUAUUCUUCUACAAGGUAUCAUUGGGCAUAUGGAUUUAAAUAAUGUGUAUAAAAAGGUUCACCUGCUUGUCAAGAAUUUUUACGAACAUAACACCGAAAAGCCUAACAAUGCUAUAGAAACUGUAAAGGAAAUACCAGAAUAUACAAAGCAGAAUGAAGAAGAUAAGUUUUUUGAAGAGCUCUUGAAAUGUAAAACUUUGAAGGACCAAGUCAAUGGUAUAAAAAAUAAUAGCCAACAAAUUAAUAAACAGAAAGAACCUAAAGUAGUAAUUAAAACAAUUAUUGAAAUAAACGAUAAGGGAAAGCUUCAGAGAGACAAUAGCUCCAACAAUAACGAUAUCAUAGGCUUAAUUAAACUUAUAUAUAACGGAAAGUCAAUAAAAAUUGAAAAACUUGAAGAUACAUUCGUAAAAUCGGACAAAGAUGGUGGACAAAUGACUACAAAUGCGCAAAAAUCAGACAAAAAGUCGUCAUAUUUUACUGGCCUUCCUCUUAUUCAAGAGAAGCAACUUUCUGAUCCAAAUUGGAAUAAAAUAAUCGAGAAUUAUUUAAAACAAUACCCAGUCGGUAAAGAUUUUGUAAAAAAUAUAGAAAAUAAAAUAAACCGGAAAAAACGACAAAUUAAAAUUCACUACCUCGAUAGCAAACACGCAACUGAUAAACCUAAAACUGCUGAAAAAAUUAAAAAAGAUGAUGAAGAAUUAUAUAUUGAAAUUGAAACACAUUUUGAUGGUAAAGGGAUUAAAGGGGAAAAGAAAAAGAAGUUAGUUCGAAGUCUUAUCGAUAAAAUUCAAAAGGCAAUUCACGAUGAUGGGCACACUGCAACUCAUAAGAAAAGUAUGUCAAAUCACAUUAAAAUCAUGAAGCGGAACCAAGAUCCAAUCAAAAUGAAAAAUGACUUAUUCUUAAGCAAAAUUGUACCAGCAAUCCGUAAUAUUGAACAUAGACAAUUAGAUCCUAUUAGCAAUAUUAUAUCUCCUAUUGAUGAUAAUUUUAAUUAUAACAGUGACAGAAUUUGGAAUUCAAAAGUACCAUCCCAAACAUUUUACUCAGGACAAUCAGGAAAAAAUACAUACAAAAUACAGGAAAUGGGAAACUUACUCGCGAACUACAAUAACGAAAUAUCUAAAAGGAACCAAAAACCAAUAACGAUUGAAAAAAACAGAUUCAAAAAUCGAGUUAACGAUCCAAGUAACAUGACAUUUUAUUUGAAAGAUAUUGAUGGCUCUGGGUUUUCAGUUGGUUUCAAUCAAUAUGUUGAUGAACCACCAGAUAUGGAAAGUUUAAAACUUUUUAAUGGAGUAGAAAAUCUUAUUCAAGAAUAUCAUAAUACUUACGACAACUCUAAUAAAAUUGAUAAGGUCUCAGACAACGUAAGUAAUGAAAAAAGGGAGAAGUAUAUUGAAAGAGAACAAGAAAGUAUAUCAAAUUCUCACGUUUUUCGGCGAUCAGUCAACAAUGAACCAAAUUUAAAUUAUUCUUAUAAGAAAUUUAUUAAAAAACUUAUCAAACCAUUAAAUUACUAUAAACUCUGGAAAUUGAAUGGAAAAUCAUCAAACAAAAUAUUUACAAAUAGAGAAUAUAAGACUAGUCGCUCGCCCGGUACUAUAAAUGUUGUCUCGAAACCAAUUAAAAUAAAUGAUCUAUCUGUUGCUUUUAUAAACAACUAUUAUAAUGAGAUACCAAAAAAAUAUAGUCCGGAUUCUUUGGAAAGUAGAUUAAAAAGGCGAAAACGAUCGGUAAGUGUGAAAAAAGUAUCAAACCUUAACUCUAAAAUAAAAUUAAAUAGAUUUAUAAAUACGAAUCCUAAAUUUAAUAAAAAAAUAUUCAAAAACAAUAAAAGAAACAAAAGACAAGUGAAUAAAAUAAGAAUAAUAGCUAGAGAACGAUCUAAGGGGAAAAAAUCAAAAGAAGAAAAUGUUAUUUUACUAUCACCAAGUGAUGAGUACUCGAAUAAAAAAGGAAACAUACCAGAAACAGAUGCAAGUGAUACCCAAAACAGUGACACGGUACCAUUUUCUGAAUUUCUUAAUUUAAACUAUCCCAAUCAACCAUUAAUUGAUGAAUAUCACUAUGAACCUCAAACUUUGUCGAUGCCUCAAUAUCCUCAUAUAUUUUUUGAAGAACAGACGUCAAGAGAAUAUUCGAGAGAGGAUAACUCUGUAAAACCUUAUAGAAUUCAAGCUAAGCCAAAUGUUAGACAACUCACCUACCAACCAUCGGAAGUUAUAACUGAACGAUCUUCAGCUGCUUUUUCCAAUGUAAAGCUACCAGGAGUUGAAGAAAUUGUCAAUGCUAUUUUACCACCCAAAUCGAAUUAUAAGGUCACUGUUAAAAUUUCGCCGAAAAAUACAUCUGGUAUUCAUACCGGCUUCAAGGAAGUUCACACUAGUGUAAAUAAGAGUUACGACCGGAACGGUAUCCGUUAUUUUUCGUUAUUAAAUGUAUCACAGUUUUCCAAGGUUGAAAAUGUAAAUGAAAGUAAUAUCGUGCCUGAAAAUAGAAGAAACAUACCAUUGGCACCAGUUAAUAAUGAAUUGAGAGAAAAAGAAAAACAAAUACAAACUUUAUUUCAAUUACAUAAAAAGAGAAUUGAUUCGCAGUUAGAUAAUUUGAAAAAAGAAAAAUCAUUUAUAGAAAAUGUAUUACAAAAAAAGGAGAUAUAUGAGGAAAUUAAAAUUGAAACAAAUGAAAAUUUUAAAGAUCCCAAUAACCAAAUAAAUGUAAUAAGUAAAAUUGAAAAACCACGUACUGCCACUCCUAAAACAUUUUGCACAGUAACACAACCUCUUCAAACUAAAGAAAGAAAACAUCCCGAUGACCAAGAAAAGAAAAUUUUAAUAAGCACAAUACAAAACAAUGAGCAAAUUACAAAGGAGAUUUUAAAGAAAAUCGAUGUUAAUACAGACUUACUGCGACAGUUCCUUCACAAAUUAACUUCACAGACAAUGUCACCGACGACAGAACAUUAUGAAAGAAUAUAUGAAAAUAAUAAUUAUUACCAUCAAACAGACUUACGGAAUAGUUCCGAAAAUAAACCAAUUUCAUUACCACAGAUUCCUUACGCGGAGGCAAUGUUUAAGCAUAAAUUAUCGACUCAAAAACCGGAUUUUCAGAUAAGAAAAAACCAGUCAAGAUUCUUCAUAGACGAUCUAGAAGAUUACAACUCGGUUCAUUUAACACUUCUCUUAUUCGAGCUGCAUUUUAUUGCUUUAGACUGCCAUCCUAAGCCAGAGACAAACAACACUGAAACAUUCGAAAUAAAGCAAUUACCUGAAGAAGUGGUUCAGUUCAUCAAUACAAAACCAGACGAACCAGUCAUAAGAGAGAUCUUCUUUUAUCAUAUUAUUGAAAAACCAUAUUUGAAGAAGGAUCCCAAGACGGGCGAGGAAGUCAUCCUUGGUAAAAGACCUUUGAAAACUUGCGCAGUCAGAAAUAGCAAAGAGGAAGCGGAAAGGGCCAGGAAAGCCCAUCCCGCUGCCCAUCUUUGGAUGGGCCAUGGAUGGGAACCACCGCCAAAUACCACAACGGCACCACGCGUGUGCACGACACGCCUUGUAAUUUCUAGGCUCAAGGACACCAAAGCGGGGGAAUCAGUGAUCCAUGCGUCUAAAAGAAGAGCUGCUGAUGUAUCCCUGCAAGUGCUGGAGCCGGCCUCCCCCAUCCGAAAAUACGAAGGCGCAGCGAAAAUGACCCUUGCUGCAGCAAGGGUCUCGCCUGAUGAUCAAGAGCCUGACUUCGAUGAGUCCAUCAGACCCUUCACCAAUGGUCAAGGCUACCAAUACUUCGACUCGCAGUCAAAGGAGCCAACGGAGAAAGAUGCUGAUGACAAACAUGUUAAGAUAAAGAGGGAUUUUUCCAUAGAUACCAACGACACAACAAUUCCUAUACAUGUUGGUAACACUAAUAAGAAUGUCGAACGGAGGUUAGACAAGAAUAAAAAGACUGAAGAUGAAUCAACCAAAACAAUAGAAAAUCUAAAAUAUCAACCAGUAAUGGACAAUCACCGAAAUGUUAUCUAUACAAAUUCACCUAGAAACAUGUAUGCUAAAAAUGAACCAUUUAAAAAUAGAGUGAGAAAUAUGUUCAAUCAUUUACCAAGUGCUAAACAAAGGCAUACGUAUGGUAUGAGUCUGCAUAGCGGAUUUGGUAAUAUAUGGAAUAAUAUACAAUCUCUGCCAUUUAUAAAUAAAAUUGGAUCGCUGUUCACUCCGCUUAAAAAUGGAAUAGAAAUACCAAUUAAUAAUAAAAAAGAUAUGGAGCCGGUGGUAAAAGAAAAUCCCUUACCAACAUAUAUCACAAAUCUGGAAAUACCGCCAGCUCCAAAGAUUUUGGAACCAACAUAUAUAAAACCAGUUACAACCAGUAGACCGAAUACAUCUAUGGAAGAGCAAUUCUAUUCAAGCAAUGCUUUAAGAAAAAACAAAUCGCAAGAUUCUUUUAAAGAUACAAGUUCAGUGCCUGGAGGGUUUACGUCAGAAAAAAAUGAAAUAAAUCCAGGAAAGAUUUACGUAAAUGAAAACCAAAAGACAUCAAAUGAUGAUAUUAAUGAGCUUCCAGAAAGCAAUGACUUAACUGACGAUACAAAAGAGGCUUUUGUCAAUCAAAAUAAUAUAAAUUUAAGAAAUGAAAAUAAAAUUGAUGAAGCUCUUGCAGGCAACUUGCAGUCAGAUGUGGAAGAAACAGAGAUCAAUCCAGUUCCAAUAAAGACAAGUCCAACAAUUAAUGAUAACACAAAAGAAAAUAAUGAAGAUAUUGCCAGUAAUAAACACAGUUCGUUUUAUGAUAAACUGAAAAAGUCAUUUAAAAAUCUUUUAAAUAGGCUACCAUUCAAACGAAAGCCGUUAGGGGAAAAUAUAGUUAAGGAAAGUAUAGGACCAAAAAAAAUUCCAACAACAUUGAACGAAAUUACUCCAGGUACAUACGGUAUGAGUUUAAAAAAUAACGGAGGAUUUGUUUGGAAUGAUUUAGACUCCAAACAUUCCACAUUCAUUAAUGUAGGUGAAACACCUUUGGUUGACAAAAAAGAUCAUAUACCUGCAGAACCAAAUGCAGAGUCAACAGUCGGUUUAUCACAUUUUAACGAUAAUAUUGUAAAGACAACAACUUCAACUGCCACAACUAAUAUACAUACAAACAAACAGACUGAUUCAAUUGAAACAAGUUCUCAAAUUCCUACCAACACAGAAAAUACGUUCACGACAAAGAACGUACAAACAACCACCAAAAUAGAGAUCGAAGCUACAAUAGGUAACAGUCAUAAAAUUAUUGAAACCGAUUCCACUACUUCAAGUGAUAUAAAAACACCCGAAUUAACAAAUACGGAUACCAAAAACCAGACUCUCGUUCCAGAGAUUUUAAAGACGACUGAUGCUGUUUUAACAACUACAGAAGUAAUAAAAACUACGACCAAACAAUCUACGUUUAAUAAGACCGAAAUUACAACAGAUAAUAACGAAAUCACUACAACUGAAUAUGUAGAUACCUUAACAAAUCUAACUACUACAGUUGAUAUCAAAAACCAGACUCAAGUUUCAGACAUUUCAUCGACGACUGAUGCUGUUUUAACAACUACAGAAGUCAUAAAAACUACGGCCAAACAAUCAACUUUUAAUAAAACCGAAAUUACCAAGGAUAAUAAUGAAAUCACUACAACCGAACACGGAGAUACCGUAACAAAUAUAACUACUAUCGCUACUAAAGAAGCUGAUACGAAUAUUGAAAAUUCAAACCAAGAUAUUACAACUCAAUCUUUAAGUACAGGUAUAACCACUAUUGGACCGGAGGUGUCAAAAAAUAAUGAUAUCGAAAGUACUACGGCUACAAGUUUAAAUAAAACUACCGAUAAAAUAUCAGAACCGAAUGCUAAAAAUUUCACAGGAACUUCAAAAAGUAAUGUGACUACGUCGGAAAUUCUAGAAAUUAAUAAUAGCACAACAGAAGCUCAACAACAAUCAAAACAUUUUGAUAAUAUACCACAGAAAAACGACACGAAGAGUCAUUCAAAAGGAGAGUCCAUAAAAUCAGACUUAAAUAAAUUAUUGGAAAAGAAAGUGUUUUGGGACUGGCUCACCGGAUGGACAUCAGCCUAUUUCAACGUUUUAGAUGAGAGCAUCAAGGAGCUAGUGAGAGAAGAAGUGGCUUUGGAACUAAAAAAUAUAACCGAAUUAGUCAAAAAUAAAUAUAACGAAACAGAUGUAUCACCAACAACAUCAAUACCGGAAAUUAAUUCUAAUGAAACAAGAAAAAGUCAAGACGACACACACGACCAUUUAACAAUAUCAAAACCCUCUGCUAACAUAAGCGAUAUUGAAUCAGACGAAAGCAUAAACACUAAAAAUUUUACCGGCGUUAAUAUAGCUGGAGAUACUAUAAAUGGCAAAACUAUUAAGGUUACAAACAUAUUUAUAUUUAUGAAUGACAACCCGAACAAUACAUUAAAACCAAUUGUAAAUAAAUCUUUAAAAUAUGCAAACCACACAAAUAAGAGGAUUACUGAAUCUACAGAUAACGUAGCCAUUAUUGUAACAACUACGUCCAGAACAGUUCUAUCAGAAAAUGACAAAGAAAAAACUAUGUCUAAAUCAAAUGACACUUCUAGCAUAACUAAUAAUAGUUAUACAAUAAAAAAUAAUACAGAAACAAAUUUAAAAAUUUCCACAACGACCACCUCUGCCGCUUCUGAAUUUACAACAAAUGAAAUCCCAGCGGCUAAAAAUUCUACGAACAGUGCCAGUACCACGGAAAAGAUAUUAACAACAAUACAUCAACCCAACUUAGUUGUUACUAGCCCUUCGACGCAAAAAUCUUCCUCAGAGAAAACAGCAGAUUUUGUUACAUCAGAAAAUAUUAAUGCAACUACCAUUUCUAACAACCAAGAUAUAGAAAAGAUUUCAACAACUUUAACUACGAUUGACAAAACAAGUACAAUUAAUUCAAUUAAUAGUGUACCUGAACCUUUAAUAACAACAAAAUCUGCUAAUAUUUCUACGGAAGUGACUACUUUAACUACUCCUCUGGAAAAUACCACGACGACUACUAAAAUAUCGCCGAUUACCACAGAAAGUGGUAUUGGUAAUUUAAAUACAACAAAAAUAACAACUCAAACGGUUAGUUCUAGCACUCCUACUUCAGCUACGGCAGAUUUUGUUACAUCAGAAAAUAUUAAUGCAACUACUAUUUCUAACAACCUAGCUACAGAAACGAAUUCAACAACUUUAUCUACGAUUGACAAAACAAGUACAAUUAAUUCAAUUAAAAGUGUAACUGAACCUUUAAUAACAACAAAAUCUGCUAAUAUUUCUACGGAAGUGACUACUUUAACUACUCCUCUGGAAAAUACCAUGACGACUACUAAAAUAUCGCCGAUUACCACAGAAAGUGGUAUUGGUAAUUUAAAUACAACAAAAAUAACAACUCAAACGGUGAGUUCUAACACUCCUACUUCAGCUACGGAAGCACUAAAAGAUGAUUCUACCAUAACUGCUGCAACUACUGACAGCAGUACUACGCCCCUGAAUAAAAAAGCAAAUGCAAAUCAAACAACAACUCCCGCACUACAGAAUAACAGUUAUGAGCAAAAUUCUACGACAUUAAAUAACACAACCAGUACGUCUAGCUAUAAUACAGAAAAUAAUUCGAGCACAGAAGCUACUACAACAACCUCGUCAGAUACCAAAAUUGGAGUAAAUGUCACUACAGAGGUCUCUAUCGCUAACGCAACCUUAAUGAAUUCUACCAUUAAAGAGAUAAACAACGAUAGCAGUACUACAACUGUCAGUGAUAAAGAUAUAAAUUUGAUCACAGAAGCUACUACGAUAAAAGAAUCUACAAACAAUACCGAAACGCAAACAACAAAUUCUGAACAGCAUUCAACCACUGAAGGGACUCCGGCAAACAACUCUGCUAUUAAAGAUUCUCUACCAAAUAUAACUACUGCUAUGCUUAACUCUUCAAUGAAUAUUACAGAAUCUUCGACAGUUGAAAACUCAAACAGUACUACAACUGUCAGUGGUAAAUAUAUAAAUUUGAUCACAGAAGCGACUAUGAUAAAAGAAUAUACAAACAAUACCGAAACGCAAACAACAAAUUCUGAACAGCAUUCAACCACUGAAGGGACUUUGGCAAACAACUCUGCUAUUAAAGAUUCUCUACCAAAUGUAACUACUGCUAUGCCUAACUCUACAAUGAAUUUUACAGAAUCUUCGACAGUUGAAAACUCAAACAGUACAGAAGAUAGUAAGAACACUCAAGAUACUAAGACGACAACAGAGAAGGCUACCGAAUCUACUACAAUAAGCACCACAGUACUAGAUAAAGCAAAUAAAAGUCAAAACACCACAAGACACAAAUAA